AUGUCUUUAGCACUAUCAUUAACGGUUUCUACCUUCAUCCUCGCCGCUUUGGCGGACACAAAUCCAAAGGAGGUGUUAUGGAGCGACAAAACCUUCGGUCCGGAUGGCCCUUGGCGCGCAGUCAAAACCAAUAUAGGCGGGAAAGAAAUAAACCUCUUUCCGGGAACCAAUUGGGAGACAUGGCUGAUAGAAGAUGAUUACUGCGGUGAUGGGACCUGUUACGCCUCCGAGGCAGGCACGCACAACAGAAACAACUCGGGAAAGACUGGUAAUAUCGGCGCUUCCUCCGAUUUCGACUACUUCCAGCUUGGUAUGAACGUGGAGGGUGGUGACGAUUCGAUUCGUUAUGUGGACGACAUCGAGAUUAAUGGAGUUACCGUGACCAAUGCGAGUCUUGCCCUCAUCAAGUCUCCCAACUCCAAAGUCAAGUACCCUGGGACGACGGCGCCAUUCUUUGCUGGCUGCCUGAGUGUGGGAAGCCGGGGCGGCUCGUAUCAGUACCUCGCCUCAUCAGUCAAGGGCGACGGCCAAGUCAAAGUUAGCAUGCCCCCCGGGUUUUUAUGGGAUCAGGGCUACACCCCGUCCAACUCUUUCGGCUUGCACAUCGGAUCCGUGGAACCUGAUCUCGCAGGCUCCCUCUGGUACGGCGGGUAUGACAGGAACCGCGUUGUGGGCGAUAGCAUCACCAAUGAACGCGAUUUCAAGGACCCUGUUACCACUCUGCAGGAUAUUGAAAUUGAUGUCAUCAAUGGAAAGUCGCCGUUUGAUUUCAAUUCUACCAAGUCAGGUCUCCUUGCUCAGGGGAACUCAUCAAUGCCGAACGAGUUCAAGGUCAUGAUUGACGGCUGCUCCCCCUAUCUGACCUUGCCCAAGACGACUUGUGACAACAUUGCCAGCCACCUCCCAGUCACCUUCAACAAGACGCUUGGUCUCUACCUCUGGAAUACAAGCUCGGAAAAAUACAAGGAAAUCGUUCCUUCAGCCACAGCCUUGAGCUUCUCGUUCACCUCGGGCGGCAACUCCAACCCCAUCAAGAUUCGCGUUCCGUUCAUGCACCUCAAUUUGACUCUUACAGCACCUCUGGUCGACACUCCCACGCAAUACUUCCCGUGCCAUGUCAACGAAGGGGGGAAAUAUGUCCUCGGCAGGGCAUUCCUACAGGAUGCGUUUCUCGGAGCGAAUUGGGACCUUGGCGUGAACAAAUGGUGGCUGGCUCAGGCGCCAGGUCCGAAAGUUCCAGCUACUUCGAAUGUUGUGCAGAUCGCAACCACGGACACGACCAUUAGGAAGGGCGACACUAGCUGGGAGGAUUCAUGGAAAGGUGUAUGGAAGGACGUCGACACGACCAAUGAGAACAAUUCUACAACCAACGAUGGCAAUGGAGGAGGAGGUCUGUCAACCGGAGCCAAGGCUGGGAUCGGAGCCGGUGUGGGAGUCGUUGGCUGCCUGCUCAUACUUGGCGCCGUCUAUUUCUGGAAACGGCGACAGGAGAGCAGCCAAGACCAAGGCCAGAAAGAGGCCCAAGUCGAUGGUCGGGGCAAUGGCCAGCCGGUUUCCCAGUAUUACGAUCCCCCGAAGGGUCAAGAGCUGCAGUCAUCGCCGCUCUACGACUCCAACACGUCUUGGCAGUCUCCCUCGCCGAGCCAAGCAGCAAGCGAGUUGCGAGGUUCGCGGCCGGUACCGACUGAGCUGAUAGGCUCGGAGCCGGCAGUGAGCGAGCUGCAUGCUUCGGAGAGGGUUCAUGAGAUGGCGUAG